ACAUAAUAAAAUUAACACUAAAAUGUUAGUAUCCUAAUGUAAAUAAUGGUCAUACUUUGUGUUUAGUUUUACUGCGUUCACCUUAAACUAUCUAUACAACUGUUAUUUAAUGUAUGGAUAUCUUUACAUAUAAAAUAUAAUAUACACAGUCAUAAAUUAUGGCUUACAGUUUAGGAGCAAGAUUUCCUCCUCCUCCAAAAUAUUUUACAAUUUAUGAUCCUGGAGCAUAUCAUUGCGAUGUUAGCAGAAGAAAAAAGAAUGUGGUUCCUUUUCUUGCAAAAACACCACGUAACACGCAAGGUAAUAUUAAAGUAUGGACUCAGGCAGUUUAUAAUACUAAUAUACCACAUAAAAUCCCAAAUUGUUCAGCAAUGCUUUCAAAAACACCGAGAUUUCCAUACAAAGCCCUUAGUAAUGAAGACUUGGAAGAAAUUUUGUGUAAAUGUGGUUUUCCUAGUCCAUGUGAAUGUCCCACUGAUCAAGAAAAGGAAGAAGAUAUAGUAGAAUGUCAAGGUAAAGUGAAAAGACGCAUUUUCAAAGGUCCUGCUCCACGAUCUGCUUUGGGUGAUGAAGGUUUAUCCGCACCAUCAAGGAAAGACUAUGGGUUUGAUAUAAAAGAUGGUAUUCAACAUCGAUUAAUGAAAGUAAUUAAAGAAGAAUGCCCACCAUUUUAUGAUGCUAGAGUAAACGAGUCUACAGCUUUUUAUCAGGGCUGUAAAUGGAGUAAAAGAACGGCAAAACCUCAAAAAUACCUUGGAAUAAAACCUGGUCCUGGGGAUUAUAACUUGGAGAAGGAGCCUACGGCAGAUAAGAUUUGUCUAGAAAAGAUACGUGCGUAUAAAAGAAGAACAGCAAAACAAUUACGAUUUAUGGACUUAGUAUAUCAAAAAAAUUUGUCUGACAAUAGUCCUGGUCCUACAGCAUACGAUCCAAAACUACCAAAAGGCACUGAUCUUAGCAUCACAGGCUCAAAAGCGGAAAGAUUCACCUUAUCAAAAUAUGCAGUAUCUCCAGGUCCAGCAGAUCAUUGGCUUCGAAGAGAUUUUGAUCCAAUUGAAUAUACGGGAAUAACAUGUCAUGCCAAAUUACCGAACCCACCUUGUUUCGGGUCCAAGGCAGGGCGGUUUAGUAAUAAAAUUCAUGAUGGACCAGGACCGGCUUCUUACAAUACAAGAAUCAAUCUUUGUCACUAUGUUCAUUGCAGUAAAGCCCCUUUUGGAACUUCUGCUAAGAGAUUUAAAGAGAAAGUGGAAGAAGAAGGCUACACUGACAACUUAGAAUCAGUAGAAGACAUACGAGAUAUACCAGUGGAAAAGGAAAAAACGGUAAAACCAUGCCUUCCACUGACCUGGGAAUUUAAAUCUAAAACUAUUCGAUUGAAACCGUUACUAAAAAAACACGACGAGCCUAGUCCAGCCGACCUGCCGCAAAAUACAAUAGAAACAAAUAGAUCUUCUGAAUCACAAAAUGUAGCCCCAUUCUGUUCCUCUGAGGGGCGCUUUUUACCGUGGUAUUGUUGGAUACCUGUACUUGGUAAACUGCAAACACCUGGGCCUGCAACAUAUUGCUUGGAAAAGCCAAAAUGUAUUCCAGCUUUUAAUCGUGGACCCUUGUAUCGAGCUGAUCGUUUUCCAAAACUAGUCCAUAGUUCUCCAGCACCGAAUAAAUAUGAUGUCGAUUGUGGCAUUGAUACUAUUUUAUCUACACAUAAUGAACGCUUGAAAAAAAAUAUUAAGAAUAAAUACAAAUUUCGUUGGGAGCCUAAAAAACCAAGGAAAGUCUUGUCCUUUGAAGAGAAGGAAGAUUUGUUAUUGCUAAAGACAAUACAAUUAUUAAAUUUGGAAGACGAAAAACCAAAGAAAAAAGCCGUUAAAAAGAAGGAACUUGACUCUAACAAACCAAAACCAAAAAUGUUAAGAACAUUCCUGUAUGCUCAUCCUUUAAAAAAAUAUUAUUAAAUAACUUGAACGCGUU